CCCGCGUCCGUUCGGCGGCGCAGGCACACUCCGCUCGUCUGUACACACGCACACGCGGCCGUUACCAUACACGUAGACGCGCGUACACACGCCCUGAAUCCGGACGAGGACUUUAGCACACCAACACCUCCGCGGGAGGUGUGGGGGUGAGCCCCCAGAGGAGGUGUCAAUCCUAGCGCUGCUCAGUGACCAUCGCGGCGCCACCCAAGUAACACCUUUCGUCCGCUCUCCAGCCCUGGCCAAGGUUCACAGCGGAGCAGAGUAGAGCAGAGCUGAGCUGAGCUGAGCGAAGCGCACCCGUACAGCCAUCUAUCUCUCUCGUCUCAUUUUUUUUUUCUCUCGGCUGAAUUUCGCGUGCGGAUAUUACGCGUACGAACUGUCCUCCGCCUGUGUGUCGUCCUGCCGUCGGACUCCGUUCCACCGGUGCUCUCUCGGCGGUGUUGCUCACGCUCGCUCCUUCAAGCUUUCCCUCGCGUGGCCGCCUCGUUUCGCUUCGCGUUACGUUGCGUCGCGCCGCGUCGCGCCGUGCUUGGCCGCGCCGCGUCGCGCCGUGCCGUGCCGUGCCGUGCCGUUUGCCAAAUCACGAUUCAGAAGUGAAGUGUCCGCACGGAGGACCUGACCCGUGGACCGGUGGGACACAGUGCGUCAAGUGAACAGUGAACGCCCGGAUACUAGCGGCACACGUACGCCCUUAGGUAGAGAAACGCGCGUAAACCUGACGGGUGAAUCUCGAAAACGUGGCCAACGACUAUUCGUCUGCCAGUGUGUCCAGUUGAUGGAAAGUGUGCUCUUAUCGUGGUUGAUCCGGUGCUCCGUUCGCGGAAUAGUACGUCGAUCGUAGACAGCUGGAAAGGAAAGUGUUCCUCGGAAAAAAGGGUAGAAGGGUUCGUCGUAGGGUGAACACAAGGCGAGACGUACGAUGUCGAGCAUACGUCUGGCGACGGAUCUCGAGGAGAACGAGAGAUCGCAACGGGAGCGUGGAGAACGCAAAGAGAAUUCCGAAUCGUGUUCCUGAACGAUUCGGAGCGACGAGUCUCGCGGAGUCGAAACAUGUCCGAGAAGCAGCCGAACGACUUUGACGCGGGUGCACGGAUCGGUGACGCGUACGAUCAGUGACGAAAAUAAUCAGUGGACAGAAGCAUAGAACGAUACCCUGGUAGUGUCGAAGAAGAAGUAUCGUGAACGUAAUCAAGAGAGCGAAGUAGCGCGUAGAAGGUGUUGAGUACCUCGGUUUGAGUCACUCGAAGAGGAAUCUCGCGCGACUCGGCAUACCCGCCCGUCUCGAUGAGAUUCGAACAAGACACAGCGUGCAGGGGUACCCACUGCGCCAGCACUCCGCAACCCUCCGCGCUGCAGCAGCGAUCACGGCUCGAGGAGGUGGUGGAGGAGGAGGUGGACUCCUCCACGAAGGACAUCGAAGGACAAGGACGUAGACGAGAAUUGGAGACUAACGUGGUCGAGGGUGCGAACACGGGGCCGAGGGCAGAGGCGGGGGGGCCUGGGAUGGCGUACCCCGCGUCAGCGACGGCUCUGAAUCAGCACUCGCCGUUUGCUACGUCGAUCGCUGGCACACCGUCCAGCAACCCGAACGGGCACAUAUCCGGUGGCCACCUGCCAGCGCCAGCCGCCCCGAGACCGACGGACUUUAGCGUUUCCUCCUUGUUAACCGCCGCGAGCACCCAUCCGCCGAUCCUAGGUGGUUCCUCGUCCCAGGGUAGCGCGUCGCCGCCACCCGGUGGACCCGGUAGCCCGGCUGCCGCACCGGAAACGCCGCCACCGUUGCCUAGCCAAAGGGAAUUGUCGCAUCCGUCGUCGGCGGUUGCCGCGGCUAGCUAUUUCAGCGCUGCCGCCCUGGCAGCCGCCGGUUUUUACAAUCCGGCCGCCCAUUUGCCGGCGACCAGCUCGCCUGGACCGACGGCCCAUCAUCUGCAGGGAAAAGGGAUCCUCAGUAGCGCGCAUCAUCAUCCCCAUCUGAACCCGCACGGCAUAACGCCACCAGGUUUAGGCCUUGGUCCGCACACACCUGAAGAAGCAGCCGUCCUGGCGGCCGCAGCGGCAGCGUUACACCACCAUCAUCAAGGUGGUCCUGGCGGGCCCGCGAUGAGGCCACUUAGGCCCCCGUUACCCCCGGGGAUGCUGCACGCGUCACCGCAUCCCCUGGCACCUCAUCAUCCUCUCGCGGGCCCGCAUCAUCCCCUCGUACCUCCUCAUCAUCCGGAGGAGGACGGGGUGGUGGACGAUCCGAAGGUAACCCUCGAAGGCAAGGAACUAUGGGAAAAGUUUCACAAGCUCGGCACGGAGAUGGUGAUCACGAAAAGCGGCCGGCAGAUGUUCCCUCAAAUGAAAUUCCGAGUUUCCGGUUUGGACGCAAAGGCCAAGUACAUCCUCUUAUUGGACAUCGUCGCCGCGGAUGACUACAGAUACAAGUUCCACAAUAGCAGGUGGAUGGUAGCGGGGAAGGCGGACCCGGAAAUGCCGAAGAGGAUGUACAUCCAUCCCGAUUCGCCUAGUAGCGGUGAGCAAUGGAUGCAGAAGGUCGUGAGCUUCCACAAGCUGAAACUCACUAACAACAUCAGCGACAAGCACGGCUUUGUAAGUACUACGAUAUUGAACUCGAUGCACAAAUACCAACCGAGGUUUCACCUGGUGCGAGCCAACGACAUCCUGAAGCUUCCCUACUCGACGUUCAGGAGUUACGUUUUCAAGGAGACGGAAUUCAUCGCGGUGACCGCCUAUCAGAACGAGAAGAUCACGCAGCUGAAGAUCGACAACAACCCUUUCGCGAAAGGAUUCCGGGACACGGGGGCGGGGAAGCGCGAGAAAAAAAGGCAGGCGCUGUUGACAGUGUCAGGAGGCGGUUCCCGUCUGACAACAGGUGGGCCAGCGUCCCCUGAGAAGCGUCGAUCCUCGAACUCCGUCAACGACCUGCUGGACGACGAAGACAAGCUGCUGGACGUGGUGGGUCCGGACACACCCCAUCCGGCGCACCAUCAACGCGAACGCGAGCACUCUCGCGAGAGGGAAGACAGGACCAGCGAGAGAGGCGAGGGCAGCGAGUCGUCAGGCUCGGAGAGCGGAGGUGGUCCUGGUCCCACGGGAUCGGAGGGACCGAGGCCCGACGUGUCAGUGGGUCCGCCGCUUCAUCCUCCUCUCUUACCUUACCUCUAUCCUCCGGUACCAGGUCUCUAUCCCGGUCCAGGUCCCCUAAUACCACCCAGUCCUCUGGGAAUCCACGGCGGUGUGACACCGGGCAUGCUGUUCAACGCGCAACUCGCCCUAGCCGCGUCCCAGCACCCUGCCCUAUUCGCCCAUUACCCCCAUCCGUUGGCCAGUCCGUUGCAUCAACUGAAGGGACAUCGAUUCGCGCCGUACACGCUUCCAGCACCCUCUCACGGUUCCGCUUUCGAGACUGUCACCCCCGGUAGUAGGACGCUCAGUCCUAGGUCCCCUCCACCAAGGCCACCCACCGGUUCUCCGACGCCGACGGCCGGCCUAACGUCCAGCAGCAGCUCGGCUGGUGAACUGAAGUCGAUCGAGAACAUGGUGAACGGAUUGCAAGAGAAGAGGAGGCGCAGUCCCAGUUUGACGCCUGGUCAUAGGGCCGAUGCGGACGCUGGCGGAGGGAGUCCGUGACAGGAGAACGAACCUGUAACUAGCACCAACGACGACCCUGAAGAUAAGCAGCUGGCUGAACCCUGUGACCUUGAACAGCUGUCCGGCGACGAGAGGGAGCCGGACUCAACCUCCGAGCCGUCGUAGCAGGGGAGAGGGUCGUCGGUCCAACCCUCUGGCACCCAAUGCGCCCCGUUCCGGGACGCUUCGCGGCGCUACGGGCUCCUCCGCGUCCCUUCGGGGAACAGGCGAUCACGAGACAAGCUCGAGACUAUGAAGUGCAAUUUUACCCUGAGGAUCCGAGUCUCGUUAUACGUUGGUUUCUCGUUCGCCACGCUACGCCUGGCUCCCUGUGAGUGUACAUAAAAUGCCCGAAGGUGGAUCGCGCUGGACUGCGAGAGUUGCUGGUGUACAUUAUUAUCCGGGGCACGGAAGGGUGGGACGCGGGUGGCUGAAAUAGGCUGAUGGUCGAUGGUGGACAUGGAAAUCGUGUUUGGAACACGGAAGAAACGCUUCGAGCUACUUGGAGUGUCGUUCGACGUCGAGACAAGUUUCCGAAGCUCGUGUUGGCUUCACGCAAAAAUCUUCGUGCAAUUUUAUAGGUCUUCGCAUGGGUCUUGACAAUUUCGAAAUUGAAACUUUCCAUGACUUUCAGAUCUCGUCGAAUCCUAAUCUUUCCACGCUCGAAGGGUGUCGAAUCGUUUCGAAUGGUAGCGAACGGAAGCAAAGAGCACGACUGCGUACCCGCCCGCGUGCGUUUUAGAUGUAAGAGAGAGGGAGACAUUGCAAUACAAAAGCACUUCCUACUAUUUGCAGCCCCUGUACAUAUGUACCCUAGUGAUAUUAUAUUAUAUUAUAUAUAUAUAUAUUAUAUAUAUAAAUACUUA